CCACGGGGAUGACAGUAUAAGCGCGAUUAGCAAGGUGCGUAACCUACGACACGCUCACGAAGGUGUUCGAUCGUAAGAAACGAUAUAAGGCCCUCUGAUGGCGGUGCGGCCUCAGUUUGUCGACUGGUGCCUCGCGAAAAAGGUGCUCACACUCGCACGUUCUUCUACCUCGAUCUAAUUGUCUUUUAUUUUAUCCCUUCUUUUCUUUCUUCCCUUUUCGGUUACCUCGCGAAUUCAGCCCCGUCUCUACAGUGAAACUUUUGCACGCACUUUUUUCGCAUCGGGGGGAUUUUGCAACGACAGAGGCGACACGUAGAGUAGCACAAUGGCGCAAUUAGUACAAAUGAUUUACGAUGGUUAUCGAGAUCUGAUGGACAACAAAAGCGAUCCGAGGGUCAACGAUUGGUUGAUGAUGAGCGGCCCAUUCCCUACAAUAGCGAUUUGCUUGUCCUACGCAUACUUCGUUAAGGUCUUGGGACCAAAACUGAUGGAAAAUCGAAAACCCUUCGAGCUCAGAAGAGUGAUGAUGUGGUACAAUUUCUGUCAAGUAUUCAUCUCCAUUUGGCUAUUUAACGAAGCUCUUUCAGGCUGGGGAGGACAAUACUCCUUUAGGUGUCAACCAGUGGAUUACUCAAACAAUCCGCAUGCAUUGCGUAUGGCACGAGGUAGCUGGUGGUAUUAUAUGUCGAAGUUCAUCGAGCUCACAGACACAAUCUUUUUUGUAUUAAGGAAAAAGAACGAUCACAUUAGCACUCUCCAUGUCAUUCAUCAUGGUGUCAUGCCCUUAUCCGUUUGGUUCGGAGUUAAAUUUACCCCCGGUGGUCACGCCACUUUCUUCGGUUUUGUGAACACUUUUGUACACAUCAUAAUGUAUUUGUAUUAUUUCCUGGCGGCGUUGGGACCGAAAAUACAACCAUAUCUGUGGUGGAAGAAAUAUCUGACUGUUAUGCAAAUGGGCCAGUUCGUUCUCAUAAUGCUCCAUGCGUUCCAAUUGCUUUUUAUCGAUUGCAAUUUCCCGAAAGUCUUCGUCUGGUGGAUCGGCAUGCACGCCGUAAUGUUUUAUUUCCUUUUCCGUAACUUCUAUAACGAAGCAUAUAUUAAAAAACAAAAGGAUAUGAAAAACAUGUCAGACAGACCAAAGAACGACAAAAAGGAACUGAACGUGCACAAAGAAGAUCUCAAGGAGAACGAGAACGAAAAGGGCGUGAUAUACGCAAACCAGUACAAAAUGGCCACUGGUUACAUCUCAGACAGUGGUCUUAGGAAUCGUGUUUUCAUCUACAAUCAAGGCUAUAACGAAUAACAAGAAAUCUCCAAUUCAAAAAGAUUUCAAUUGUGUGUUAAGCAUUCAACUACGAAUUAUCAUCGUUUAGAGCACUUUGCUACGUUGCACCACAGUUCAUAUCCUUUUGCCGUGAUCGAAUAAAAAUAGUUUAGUAAAUAGACAAAAGAUAUUAAAAGACAUGAAAAAGGAGGCGAAAAGCGCAUUGACGACUACCGCAAUUAUUGAAAGUCUGAUCUUGGUAGCGUUCCUUCUGGGUGUUUCUCGGCGAAGUUUUCUAUGUGUAAGAAAAUUUUUCUCGCGUUUUCUAUUUAUAUUAUGUGUAUAAAUGGAUGUAUGUGUACGAAUGUAUAUACUAAUUCGUGUGAGUUUCUUAAUUUAUCAAGCGAAAACAGACUGGAAAGGAGGCAAAAAGCGCUAUAACAAAAUUACCAAAAUGACAAAAUAUGUUACUCUUCCCAAUUAGGAUAUCGAAUCGAAACGCAUGCUUUUAUGGCUUAUUUCUGAAAGAGGUGGCCGUUAAAGAGAUGGUUCUUAUUGUAUGAAUAUUUACAGACCGUCUACGGAUUAUUUCCUCAUUAUUUGCUCAUAUGGCAUCCUCUUUCAAAAAUAAAGUAGUAACGUAUCGAACUCUUGCCGCGUUUUCUAUAAACAGAAUAAAAAAAGAAAUACAAUAUUUUGUAUGAGCAAAAAUUAUUUAGCGAAAUUAAUUUUAGUGGAUAAGAUGUCCACUAAAAAUUUGUAAACCCAUUCCCUGAAAAUUCUAAGAAAAUCCAAUUAUUCAAGAAUUUUUAUCAAAAUUCCAGAUUAGAGAAUUUUUGAAUGUUGCUUUAAAAUAAAUUUUUUUUAUUAUAUAUACACGCUUUUUAACAUUCUCUAAACGUGUAAACACAAAGAAGAGCUACUUAGAUUUGAAUAUUACAUUGGAGAAAAUAUUAAAAGAAAAUAAUAUCAACUAAAUGAACUAAAAAAUUAAUAUUGAGUAUUAAUUGUAAAGUUAAUCUGGAUAAUAUAUUUAUCAAAAAAUUACAAUAAAACAUUGAACGUAUCAGAAAGAUAUACAAAAAAAUUAAAACUAUAUUAUUAUAAGAAAAGAAUAAAUAUCGAAAUAUUUAAAAAAAUUUUUAUUUAGCAGUUUAAUACUCUAAUACAAGUUUUUGAACUAAAACUCUCAACAAUCAUUUUUCUUUAAUGGAGUACCUUAUUUUUGAUUACAGAAUCUAAUAGCUGGUCUUAAGAGCUGUUCAAAACGCUAUAAUAAAGUUUUUUUUUAAGUAUUUUCCGAGUUAUGAUGUUUAAUAGUUCUACGGUAAGAGCAAAAACUGAUGUGAGUGAAACAUAAUUAUUUGUUCUACGUUGAAGUAAUGAAUCUGUGAAAGAAUACGAGUAUUACAGACAAAUAUAACAUUAUUAAAUAUAUAUGUAUAAACAUUCAUAAUUUCAAAGAAAUUGCAAAUUUAAUAUUACACUAUUAACCCCUCAAUACACAUAAUCAAAAUACGCGAUCUCCGCGAUGACCGCCGCUCUGGAAGUUAACGCAAUAAGAGAACCAAUCAGCAUCGCAGAAAAGCGGCAACAAUAACUGCGAUAUAUUCGAUAUACUUAUUUUUUACAUGCUUUAAAAAAAAAUGCCUUUUUUUAAAAAGUAUUCUAAUCGUCUAUUCAAAUUUAAAUAAGGAUGUAUAUGAUACCUAAGAUAGUCUUAAACAUAAGAAUCGACUAUGAAUAUCGACCUACUCCAACUACAAGAUUUUAGCACAGACUUGAACCAUUUUUAUCGGCAGUGUCGCAAAAUGGAUGUGAAUUUACAUUCCGGCCCAAAUGAAUGUGAUUUGUUAGUACGCCGGGAAAUUAUAUAAUAAUAAAAAUACUUAUGUAAAAAUUAUUUAUCUUGAGAUAUAAAAAAUAAAUUUCUUUCAAAUUA